CCGCGGUCGUGGCCACUACCCGGCCUGCCCCGCGGCAAGAUGGCGGCCUGAAGGCAUCGGGCAGCGGCGGAAACAUCUGCCCCAAUUUCAGCUGAAGACUAAGGGGCUUCAGGGACUGGAAGAAAUCACAGUGCCUGCUUGGAAAGAAGAGGUAGCGUCUUGCCCCCGCCCCACCCCAGAGCGGCUCCGGACUUGGGCUGCUCACAGACCAAGCUGUCUGUUUGUAUGGAGUGCCUGGAAGGCGCCUGCCAUGGGUCUGUCGCUAACGGCGCUAACCAGGAAGGCUGGCUGCUUGGGGAGAAGACACUAACCUUGAGCUGUUGGCUGGAGGAAGUGGAGGGGCUGUGGGAUGCAGAGAGCCGAGGGCUAACUCCCGGACAGCGGAACCAAGAGAUCUGCCGACACUCAGACGCAGGUCCUCACCUUCCAGAAUGACCAGUGCGGCCCCUGCAAAGAAACCCUACCGUAAGGCACCACCAGAGCAUCGGGAGUUGCGGCCGGAAGGUCCUGGAUCCAAGCUUGAGCAGGAGGAGCCCUUGACUGAUGCGGAGAGGAUGAAGCUCUUACAGCAAGAGAAUGAGGAACUGCGCCGACGCCUGGCUUCGGCCACCAGACGCACUGAGGCCCUGGAGCGUGAACUAGAAAUUGGUCAGGACUGUCUGGAGCUGGAACUGGGCCAGAGCCGUGAGGAGCUGGACAAGUUCAAAGACAAAUUUCGCAGGCUGCAGAACAGCUACACGGCUUCCCAGCGGACCAAUCAGGAGCUGGAGGACAAGCUGCACACGCUGGCCUCCCUUAGCCACAGCUGGAUUUUUGCAGUUAAGAAGGCAGAGAUGGAUAGGAAAACACUGGACUGGGAGAUCGUGGAGCUGACCAACAAGCUGCUGGAUGCCAAGAAUACCAUCAACAAGCUGGAGGAGCUCAAUGAGCGCUACCGGCUGGACUGCAACCUGGCGGUGCAGCUGCUCAAGUGCAACAAAUCCCACUUCCGAAACCACAAGUUCGCUGAUCUGCCCUGUGAGCUGCAGGACAUGGUUCAGAAACACCUGCACAGUGGUCAAGAGGCUGCCAGCCCCACCUCGAGCGUGGCCCCGGGGGCUGUGGUGCCCACCUCGGUCAUCGCCCGGGUAUUGGAGAAGCCAGAGUCUCUCCUGCUCAACUCAGCCCAGGCAGGCAGUGCUGGCCGCCCUUUGGCCGAGGAUGUGUUUGUGCAUGUGGACAUGAGUGGAGAUGCCCUAGGGGACCCAGCCAGUCCCCCAGCCCCUGGCAGCCCCACCCCUCAGCCCAAUGGGGAGUGCACUGCUGGGGGCUCCCCCGAAGAGGACCUGCCCCUGCCAGCCUUUGAGAAGCUGAGCCCCUACCCCACCCCAUCUCCGCCACACCCCCUGUACCCUGGCCGAAAGGUGAUAGAGUUCUCUGAGGAUAAGGUGCGGAUCCCCCGCCACAGCCCCCUGCCCAACUGCACUUACGCCACCCGCCAGGCUAUUUCCCUGAGCCUGGUGGAAGAGGGGAGUGAGCGGGCCCGCCCCAGCCCAGUGCCCAGCAGCCCUGCCUCAGCCCAGGCCUCACCCCGCCACCAGCCCAGCCCUGCCCCCGCAACACUCAGUGCCCCAGCCAGCUCCGCCAGCUCCGAGGAGGACCUGCUGGCCAGCUGGCAAAGGGCAUUUGUGGACCGUACUCCGCCACCGGCUGCUGUGACCCAGCGGACAGCCUUCGGACGCGACACACUCCCUGAGCUGCAGCGCCAUUUUGCUCUCAGCUCUGGUGACAGAGUUGAGGUUCAGGCACCUUCCCCCCCUGCUGAGAGCGAGCUUUUGCCUGCAACAGAAUCUGGCCGUAGCUUUCUCAGGGAAGAGGACGAGGAGGAGCUGAAUCUGCCUGCCAGUCUUGAGGAAGAGUGCCAGAGCUUGCUGCCCAGUGACGGUGGCACAGAGGAGGGGCCUGGCACGGUCCACACUGAGGGCAGGGCCUGGACCCUCCCUAGCUCCAGCCGCCCUCAGCGCAGCCCCAAAAGGAUGGGGGUGCACCACCUACACAGAAAAGACAGCCUGACCCAGGCCCAGGAGCAGGGCAACUUGCUCAGCUAGGGCCCCCCCCAUUGCCUUCCUGCCAUUGCUGCACUGGGACCCCGAGGUGGCCAUACUCCUGCAGCUCAGGGUCCUCCACCCAAACCAAGCCCUUGAACUUGCCUCUCUGCAGACUUGCACUGACAGCUCUUCCCGUGUGGGUAGGUCAGGUGGUGGCCACAUCAGGCCAUUUGGCUGCAUUGACUGACCGGCACCAGCCUGCCUCAUGUUUUUCCCAUUUCUUCUUGGAAUAUUCUCUAAAGUCAUAUGCAGUUGGGGUUCAAGUUGUUUCUUCCAGUCAGCCCAACCCAAACUGGGCUGUUCUGGGGAGCUAAAGGGUUGAUUACAUCAGUGUUCUCUCUCCAUCCGCCUUUUGUAUCCACAAGUUUAUGUUUUUGUUUUGUCUUUGUUGAGAUUAACUUCCCAAUUUCUGUUUUCCACCAUUUCCUUUUCCCCCAAGUCUCAGCAUGAGCUGUUGCCGUCAGGGGCCCUGGCACAGCAUUCCUGGGGGCUGUGAGGGGGAGGACUGACUCAGCCUUGAGCUUUUCCCUCCUUCCCUCCGCCCCUCCCUCUGGAAGGGAGUGGAGGGUGGACUUCAGAGCCUCAAGGUGGGCUCGAGGUGAGGCCCGGUCCCCCUUCUGACCUUGGCUGUAGACUGUUACUUCCAGCUUUGGGAAAUUUUCACAUGGAUGAUUAUUUUAAGAUUAAACUAUUUUACUGGUAUGA